AUGAUUACUGCCGAAGUUGAACCAGAUAACAAUUACGAAAUUGUACCAGGUACAGUUCAUUUAGUUGAUUUAUUGGGUGAACUAAAGGUGCAAAAAGGCAAAGAUGGAAUUAUCCUUAUACCUCAGCCAAGUUCAAACUUGAAUGAUCCAUUGAGGUGGAGUAAGAGAAAGAGAUACUGGCAGUUUGCCUUUCUCUUUCUUUGGUCUUUUUUAUUAGCAGGUGCGCUUAACUUAGGGGGUCCAAUUUUUGCAAUCUGGACUGAAUUAUUUGAUUGUACAUUUUUAGACUUGACAACUACAAUAGCAAUAUCAUGUCUCUUUUUAGGACUUGGUUGUGUAUUUUUGCAACCAACUGCUCUUAAAAUAGGUAGAAGGUUUGUUUAUUUGUUAUGUACUAUACUUAUGAUUGUUAGUAAGAUAUUAAUGGGUAGAGCUCAAAAUCUUCAAAUGUUAUAUUGGAGUGGAGUAUUUGGUGGGUUCAGUGCUUCCCCAGUUGAUUCAUUAGUGGAAAUUUCUACAACUGACAUUUUCUUCCAGCAUGAAAGAUCAACUGCUUUAGGAUUAGUUAUUAUGGCUUUGUGUGCUGGUAAUAACCUUUCUCCAGUUGCUACAGGUUAUAUUACGACAACUAUAGGAUGGAGAUGGACUUUCUAUAUUAUGGUAAUAAUUCUUGGAGUAGUAUUCGUUGCACAAUUAUUCUUUAUGGAAGAUACUUCCUUUAGAAGACGAUCUAUAGAAAGUUUAGAACAAAAUAUAGCUGAACAGAUUCGCUCCCAUACUAGUGCAAUCGAAACUAAGGGAGGACGUUCUGAUAUCAAGACUGUAGAAGUUAGUGAUGAGUACAGCAAUUAUCUGUCUAGAAUAGGUGAAAUUGAAGUGCCUUUAAGAUCUUACAAGAAGAGAAUGGCUAUCAUUCAUAGCGAAUACAAUGACACUAGAAGUUGGUUUAAGAUAUUUUCAAGACCAUUUCUUUUGAUAAGAUUUCCAGCUUUCAUAUGGGCUGGUUUAGUUUACGGGGCUGCCGUUAUGUGGAUUACAUUAUUAGCCAGCACAACUUCCGAACUUUAUUCAGCACCACCGUAUAAUUUUAGUCCCAAUGCAGUUGGAUUAACCAAUAUUUCUGCAGCAGUAGGAACUAUUAUUGGUAUGUUUUUUGGUGGACCAUUAGUUGAUAAACUUGCAAUCUAUUUAGCCAAGAGAAAUAAUGGAAUUUUUGAACCGGAAUUCAGAUUAUAUGCUUUUAUAUUCCCUACUAUUCUAAAUGCCGCCGGUAUUCUUGCUUAUGGAUUGGGACCAUACUAUCAAGCACACUGGGCUAUCAGCGUUAUUGUUGGACAAGGGUUAAUUGGGUUUUCUAUGAGUGCAGUUGGAGCAAUUUCGUUAGCAUAUCCAAUUGAUUGUUAUGGGCAAAUUGCUAGUGAGGGAUUGGUGUUGAUUCUUUUCAUAAGAAAUAUGAUAUCUAUGGGCUUUUGUUUUGCCCUUCAACCAUGGAUCAACUCUUGUGGAUGGAAAGUUACUACUUGGCUUUUAUUCUUGGUAUCAGUUGUACUUAAUGGAUCUUUUAUCUUCCUAAUUAUCUUUGGUAAGAGAUUCAGAAAAUGGACCGCUGAAGCUUAUGAAAGAUAUUCGGAUCCAUCAUAUUCGGGCUUUUAGGUUUUUUAGAACUUUUAGAAUUACAUUAUAAGUAUUUCUUACAUUGUUUCUGUUUAUAUAUAGUUUUAUGUUUAAAUGAAUGUGUUGUUCAUAAGCUG